UUUAACACAGCCCAGCCUGCUCUCUGUGCAUUCACAUUAGAGGCAACACAGGAUACACACUCACACACACAUACACUCGUAACCACUCACGCACUCAAUCAUAUCUCAGACUGGAGUCAGAGUGAGGAAACAGAAUGCCAGGGAAGGAAGCUGUGAAGCCGGUGGGAAAGCAGAAUUUGCUUCAAGUCUACAAGGCUCUUUUCUGACCCACUCAGAGGAUCUGAGGGAGAAGUUUAGAUUCCUAACAGCAGGAAAGUAUCUGAUGACCUGAUCGUUUCUUUUCUUUCUUAAUUUUUUUUUUUCAUUUGGAAAGAGGCCAGAAAACAGAAGGUGAUUUUAGAUUCCUUUAAGCCGUACGAACUCAACCUAACUUGGAAACCACCUUCCAGAGAAGACAUACAUCAGGAGGAAAUUCUUGAAAUUCUCUUCGUCUCCGACCUCUCACCGCUCCUCAGGUCUCUCAGGGUCCCAUCAUCUGCUGCCACCAUCAAACUGUAAGAGGACACAUCAUCAGGUUUUACCUCACAUAGAGACAAACAAGAUGAGUCUGUCACGGAACGGGACGCUGGAGAAGACGGUAUCUGAGCAGGGCCACUCUGAGCCACGCUCCCUCUCCAGAGCGGGGUCAGGGGUCGUGGUGCCGCCUCCAUACUCACCGGGCGGAAGCGAUGCUGCUGAAACUCCCCUGGAGUUGAGGGGCUCUCUGGACUGCUGGGCAUGCUCUGUGCUGGUCACUGCCCAGAAUCUGAUCAUCGCACUGAUCAACGCUCUGCUGGCCAGCGUCGUGUUCGGCACCAUCCUCACCCCGGCUCUCACUAUGCUCACAUUCGGCUUCCUCUGCCACUCCACGGUGCAGCCCCACGGGACGUCUCUGUACUGCUCAGACAUUCUGGAUGACGGCGGCUGCGUGGCUCUGCUGGUCGUGGGUUUCCUGCUGCUCGCCCCUCUGCUGGUCCUGGCGCUGGCUGCCUACUGUCGCCUGGCCCGACACCUCCAGCUGGGCAUGUGUUUCAUUCCCUACAGCCGGGCCGUCUACAAGAACCUGCCUGCCUCACGCCAACGGGGGGGUCGAGGAGGAGGCUGCUGUGGGCAGCAGGGAGGCUCAGAGAGGGAGAGGAAGGGCAGUGUAUGGGUGUAGGAGAGGAGAGGAGGGUUGUACAGGGUUGUAUCCAUGUUUAAUGUCUAGACUUGGGUUGUUUGAGACUGGCUCUUUUUUUUUUUUAAGGAAAUUUUCAUUGUAUUUCCUUUUCUACAGCCAUUGUAAAAAUCCAUCAUAUUUCAUCUUUUAUAUUGAUUGUUUGGAAGUCUAUAUUGUUCUUUUAUACUAGUCCAUGUAUUUUUAUACCUUUUUACAAUAAAGUGUUGCUCGUCCUACAAGCUGAAUUUGUGAUUCAUAUAAUUUUGCAGAGGGAACAUGAUGGAGUGUGAAAUGAGCCGAUUUCAUUUAAGAGAGAUGAGGGAGAAGUUCAGAGACGUAUAAAAUACACUGAGUAGAAUCAUCUCAUUAUUUAAAGUCAUAUCAUUAUUUUAAGUGUGUGGAUUUUCUUUGGAUUGUAGAAUUAUGUGAUGAGAUUCAUCAGCCAUGUGCAAAGGAACAUCAUGGUUACUGUUAUUUUACUAUCUCUGCAGGUGUCAAACAUGUUGCCUAUUCUCAUUAAAACUCUAACAAUUACAUAGUUAGAGAUAUAUAAUAUAUAUAUAAUCAUUAAUGACUUGUUUUUUGAAUCUACUAAGCUACUAACUAAAUCUGUCAGAUAACUGCAGUAAAGUAAACAGUAUAAUAUGUCCUGUCCAAUUGUAGUAGAGCAGAGGUAUAAAGUAUCAUAAAGAGGAAAUACUCAAGUAAAGUAAAAGUACCUCAAAACUGUAUUCAAGUGCAGUACCUGAAUAAAUGUACCAGCUACUUCUACCUCUGCACUCUGUUAGCAGAGGUAUAAUAGUUUCAUUCUUUUUUAAACAUCAUAGACCAACUUAUACUUGGUGUGAGUUCAGAUACGUAUUAAUGUACUUUCUCAUCAAUCUGUGAAAAAUGAAUAACACAUUUCAAGUCAAACCACACAAUUGGUUCUAGAAGGGAAAUGACUCUAAACGAAGAAUUUUGAAUUUAUUUUGGACCUUCAUCUACCUCUACUGGUGCUUUUAGGAAUUGCAACCACAUCUUUUUGCUCCUAAAACAGAAACACAGUGUAAAUUCUGAUUGUAAAUUUACACCAUUAAGCAAAACAAAGAGUCUUAAUUUCAAAUGUACUUCGUGUAAAAUAUCUCCAGUGUAAUAGAAACUUUAUUUUGUAAACUGUAUCUAGAAAUGACAUUAGAUAUUAAGCACUAUUCAAUGCAUAUUUAUGUUCAGUUGUUAUGUUGUCAUGUCACAUCAUGUCAUACGUGCUUGUUCACGAGAUACACAGUGUAAUAUUACACACUGUGAUGAUAUUGACAAGUGAAUACACAUUACAGUUUGUCACACUCCUGUUUAGAAAACUGAACAUUCAACGAAUAAAUUGUAAU